CAGAUAGCUUGUGUCAUAAGUGUUUCUCGGCCAACCUUAUAUUUUGAUGGAGCUUAAAUAGCAAUCAAGGGCGCAGCGGACAAGCAAGGCUUGGAAAAUGGCCCACGCGCCUGCUGAUGCACUCGAAGUCUUCGAGGACGUAGCAGACACUGACAAUACUGGGGCGUCGGAUAAAAAUCGUGCGCGAUGGAACCGCGCCCUCAACAAGAAUUUCACGCUGAAAGCUACAGCAGCUUUCAUGGGAGCUGCGGACCAGCGUCACGCAGCGCGCAAGGGCUACCUCGCCAUGGCGCCGGAGAGCCGGAGCGAGAGCGCGCUGGAGGUGAUUGACGAGGUGCUGGUGCAGUCUGUGGCGCUGGGCCGAUUGACACGCAACGCUCGGCUUUCGGCGGCGAAGCGCGCCCACGUAACAGAGUUCUUGCCCGGAGAGGAGCUGUGCAGUAUGGGCGAGGUCCAGGACUGCCUGCUGGUGGUCAUGUCGGGCGAGGUGGAGGUGACGCAGGGCGCACACAGCAAUCGUCCCACGCCCAUACCCUCACAGCCCUCCUCCAAGUUGUUCAGCCAUGCGCACAGCUCCGCUGCAGAAGCGGGAGGGCGCGGCGCCGGGGCCAGGGCCAGCAGCUCCAGCACCAGCGCAGAGAGCAGCAUUGCGGGCGAGUUGCGCCUUGGUGGCCCACACCGCGGCUCAGCGCAACAGCACCUAGCCUCGACCAAGUCCACGGCGCUGGUGUCGCCGUUGUCCGCUGUGGACUUGGACCCGCUGCCUCGUAGCCUGGAGCCUGGCAGGCAGCCGGCGCACCCGGCCCUGGCGGCGAUACAGCGCACCAUGGCGGCCGGCAGCAGCGGCUCAGGGCACUCACAGCCGCAGCCGCACGGGUCGUCAACAUGGGGCAGCGCUGCGUCCAGGGGCGAUCUGGGGGCGCAGCGGUCACAGUAUGCGGCAGGUAGCAGCAGUGGCGGCGGCAGUGGGAGCACGUUGCUACAUCGCGGCGACACGCUGGGGGCCCUGGACCUUCAGUGGCUGUCCAAACAGUCACAAGCUUCAGCUAGGACCCGCAGUGCCGCGCAAGCAGGGCCGCCUGGGUCACACCUCACUAGCAGGGCAGUGCUCGCCACUCGGGCGGAGCUGGCGAGCCAGCAGCAGCAGCGCCAGGGGUCACAGGGGUUUUUAGACGUCGAGGAAGGCUCGCCAGCCACCAAGGCGCAGAACGCGCUGCAGAGCCAGCUGCGGCGGCUAUCAGCGCUGGGUGAUGGUGGGGACGCGGGCGGGGCGCAGAGCGACUCGGACGACGAUGGCAGCGAGGGGCUAGGCCUGCGCUGGUCCUGCAGCGCCGUGGCAGUGACGCGGGUGGAGUGUGUGGCCAUUGGGAUGCGGCAGCUGUGCGAGGUGCUGGCAUCCGAGGCCUGGGAUGUAGACGCGCUGGUGGACAGUCUGGAGGAGCUGCCCAUGUUUGCGCCGCUGAGCACGUACGAGCUGCGGCAGUUGGCUCGCUUGCUGCGGGUGCAGGUGCUGCCAGGAGGCUCGGUGGUGUACAAGCAGGGGACGGUGGGGAACGACCUGUACAUCAUCCGCUCCGGUUACGUCCGGCUGCUCAAGCAGGUCACGUUGGAUGACAACGUGCGGCAGCGCCUGAACCGUAUGUCGGCAGAGCUGUCGGCUGUGCGUGAGCAGACGGACACGGCCGCAGCAUUUCUGCAGAACGCCUCCACCGGGCCAGGCGGGUCGUGGGCAGGGGUGCCACUGCCGUCAAGCCGCACGGGAACGCCCCGCACCGGGGGCCAGUCGAGAACGCCUCUGACAGGGACCGGCCGCAGCAUGAACGGAUACGAGCCGCCGUCGUCACCCUGGAAGAACAACCGCAGCACCAGCGGCACCAACGAGCUCGCUGGCACCCAGCACCUAUCUGGCGCGUUCACGCACCGGGACCGCCCUGCCACCAGCGGGCAAGUCCAGGUCUCGCCGAAUCGCAUGGGCCGACCACCGGUGGGGCCCAGCGGCGGUAUGACCGCCCGCGGCCACCCCACCAGCCUCAGCUACUCGGGCGGGCUGCAGAAUCCAGUGUGGGGCUCCAACCCUACGACGACGGCCGCCGGCCUGCGGCGGCACAGCAUUACAGCCCUUAACCCCUCGCCGCCGCACGCCUCGCCCCGCUACCACUACUACACCCCACCACUUCCCAACGGCGGCCGCAAGGGGCACCAGCAAGCUGCAGCGCCGCACGCUCAGGGCGGCAGGCGCCGCAGCAGCAGUGCCUGUGCGGAUGAGGUGCUGGAGGCGCUGGGCGUCACCCCGCGGGCCCUGGGCAGCCCCGCUCACACCGAGCCGGCCAAGGACGAGCUGGUGAACCCGGAGGCGCUGUACCGCUCACACGCCGACUCUUCAGAGGAGGACGGCGGCAUGGGCGCCACCGGCCGCCGGCGCCAUGGCGCCAGCCGCGGCGGCUCGUCCCUACCGCCCGUGGUGCCCCGCCUACAGCUCCACGGCCUCGGGGGACACCAAGGCCCCUCGCAGGAGGAGCGGACGCAGGUGCCGCUGCAUCCGCCGCAGCAGCACCAUUCACCACAGCAGCAGCAGCAGCACCCACCGCAAGGCGGCGCGGCCGGCGACCCGGUCCAGCCGGAGGCGAGCGGCGCCAGCGCAGGCGGGGCGGUGCCAGUGUGGGCCGCCGGCCGCACUGCACGGCCGCUGGGCACUGGGGAAGACCUGGUGUUUGUAGAGCUCGGGACACUCGGGACGGGGCAAUGCUUCGGAGAAGUGCGCCCUGAUGGCAUCGCAGUGCGCACCAGUAGCGCCGUGUGCGACACGCGCACCGAGCUGCUGGCCAUCUCCCGCACCGAGCUGUACAACCGCCUGGGUGGCCGCGUUUUCGAGUACCUGUGGAACCAGGUCCCCACGGAGGGCAUGCCGCCGUCGCUGGAUCCAGCUUUGGAGGCGGGGGCUUGCGCGCAGCAGCUGGAGCGGUCCAUGCAGUGGACGCUGUACAAGAAGAAGCUGGUGGCUGAGGUGCUGGCCAAAAAGGGCGAGGAGCGCUACCGCAAGAGUGGCGCGCUGGUGUGCCGGUAGUGUCUUCAGUGUGUGUUCGGUGGCGCUUGGGAGUGGAGGACGCCGCCGCUGCUGAGGAAUGUGUACGCUCCAUUGCGAGGGGCGAGAAAUCAAAUAAUUGGCGCGUAGGCAUUCCAUAGUAGGGGAGAUCACAGAGUAAUAAAGCGGCUCCGUCUUUGGCCGCCUUAAGAGUAUUUACGGUAUCAGGUGCAUUGAUGUUAGGGAGGUUUGAAGCGUGUGGAGCCAGAACCUUCAACCCAUCAUGCCGGAACGCCCGCCAGGGACCACCAGGGCCAAUACGCGUAACGCGUUGUGUGGCAUUUUGACUUAAAAUGUUCCCUGCCGUGAUGCAUUUCAUGCAGGGGGCGGCUCUCGUAUAGGCGAAUACCACGCCAGCAUUUCUGUUUCAUUUGCGUCGGCGGAGCACGUGUGUAACGUGUCUGUUAGAUUAUCAUACGUGUGAUACGGUAUGUUAUGUACGGCUGGUUACUGUAGUACCUCGUUGCAUAACUCGCACUCGCAUUUGACAAGCCAUGCAUAGACCGCAGACGCGCUCCGUUGUAAGCUGUACCUUGUAAAUUUUAACCCGA